AUGGAUGCAAUGGCUCGUGCUUUGCCAUUAAAUGAAUCUUAUGAAUAUCGACAAUAUUUUAUUAAAAAUCGUUUUGAAUAUAAGGUUAAUUUGGCACCACUAUUUAUAAAACAAAUGCCAUUGCCAUAUUUAUCUAUGAUUGCAUCAUCUUUAUUUUCUAUUGAUGUUCGAACAACUAUAAAUGUAAAUUCACGUGGGGCAUUAAUGGCUAAAGAUAUGGAUGAAUUAAUACAGUUAAAAACACAAAAACAAAAGUAAGUCAUUAUAUAUAAAAUUCAUGUUAGUUUAUGAUAGGAUGAGUAGAGCUCCUGAAUCAACACUAGAUCUUGUAACCUUGUCAUAUAGGAGGUCUUUGAAAGUCAUUGUCCAAAAUAUAACAAAACAGAAUUGAAGAGUGAAUACCAUUAGAUUCAAGCAACCUAUUUGUACGUCACAUAAGAGAGUGGAACUAGAGAGAGAAUAAAAGUUCACUCUAAAUAGUUGAAAAUAUUACAUUAAAAAUCAGAUAGCUUCAAGGUAGAUCAUUCGAACAAUAAAAAGAAGAAAACAAAAACAGUGAGUAAAUCAAUAAAACAGUUAGAAUUCAUUUAUUUAUAAUAUAGAAUUUCGAACAAAUCCAUUUUUAACAUACCCAAUUUCAACUAAAUACGAAAACUGUUCUAUACCAUAGACAAAACAACUGAGUAUAAAAGAAAAGAACAGUUAAGAUUCAAUCGGAAGCGUUGCACUUUUCUAAAACUUUUAAUAAAUUGAUUGAAGCACUAUCAACAGAAUUCGCCAUAUUUCUUAUAUAAGGUCAAGAAAAGUGAGCUCCAAACUGCGUAAAUUCCAAAUUUGGAGCUCACUUACGCCUCCACGUUUUUCUCCUUGAUCCCAGAUCAGGUUAUAAAGUUCAGGAUCAAUAAAAUGAACUCCGAACUAUGUAAACUGCACAUUCGGAGCUCACUUAAGGAAUCACCUGGGAUGCUAGUAGCAUCACCUGGGACGCUAGUGCAUCACCUGUGAUACUGAUCUUCGCCGUAUUUAUACCACACCCACGCUAUCUCUCUUAUUAGACCGGAAGCACAUAGUCGCAUUGGGGCCGAUUCUAGAGCUAUCGAGGACGCUCUAACGAAUAAGGGGUAUAUGUAUGGGUCUCAUUCUUGCCCUUCUUGCAGAAAAAGGAACUCGCCAUUUCAUUGGUCCAAACACGGACCAAUUAGAUUUCAGGAGGGUCUAUCUCUCCUACUAGACGGCUAACACAUAGCUAUGUUGAGACGAUUCUAGGGUUAUCGAGGACGCUCUAUCGAAUGAGGGGUAUUUGUAUGGGUCCCCCCGUUGCCCUUCACUAGGAAACAAAAUCUCGGCAUUUGAUUGGUCCAAAAAUGGACCAAUCAGAUUUCAGGUGAGUCUAUCUCUCGUAUUAGACGAAUAACACAUAGUUAUGUUCGGGGCAAUCCUAGGGUUAUCAAGGACGCUCUGUCGAAUGAGGGGUAUAUGUAUGGGUCUCCUCCUUGCCCUUCACUGAGAAAUAAAAUCACGGCUUUUCCUUGGUCCAAAAACGGACUAAUUUCAUGUGGGCCUAUCUCUCUUAUGAGACGGGUAAUACAUACCCUUGUUUGGGCAGAUUCCAGCUUUAUCAGUAGUCCUCUUUCAUAUGGCCCGAACAACAAUAUGUUUUACCCUCAUAAUAAGUACGGAACCAGGUUUCUCGAAUCUGAUUCGCUGCUAUAAUUCCAGCCAAUCCGAUGAUUUCAACUGAUUUCAAAUGGAUUUCUGCUAUUGCAAUCAGUUUGUUCACCCGUGCAUAGGAUGCUACAGGCAUUCCGUGGA